AAAAAGCCAACGUCACAAGGAUGCAAAGCCAUUCCAUAUCUCCAGUCCACGCCGAAGCGCCACGUCUACAUACCCAAAGUUGGUCAUGGGGACUGGAGAGGGCCACAAAAGAUGAUCGAAGAGAGCCACGUUAAGAGCUCCUCCUCCUAUGUCCCCAUGGCCUGCUCCUCUCCAGCGAAUGCCUUCACCAACAACCUCUCCUUCGCUUCCAAUAACCCCUACUCGGUUGGUAGGAGACCCACUUCCUCUAUAGUUCCGGGCAAGCCUCUCAUGGUCUGGAGCUGUGACACAAGAGACUCCUAUGGCUCUCUGGCUGCUAGGCUUUUGGGACCUCCAACAAGUUUCGAAGCUUCAAAGCUGAAGGUGGUCUUCAUGGGAGAGCAAAUGGACAAGCAGCCACUGGGUAUAAGCACCAGAGCUUACACUCUCACACACUGUGACUUCACUGCCAAUUUGACCCUAGCUGUCUCCAACAGCAUCAGCAGUGACAAGUUGAGGAGCUGGCAAACCACAUUACAAAGAGAUGAUGUGGUGGCUGAGUGGAAGAAAGUGAAAAAAGAAAUAUCUUUGCAUGUCCAUUGCUAUGUAAGUGGGGCCAAUCUAUUGCAAGAACUUGCUGCUGGGUUCAGGUACCAUGUCUUCUCUAAGGAGCUACCACUGGUUCUCAAAGCUGUUGUACAUGGAGAUUCAGUACUCUUCAGCAAGCACCCGGAGUUGAUGGAGGCUAAAGUCUGGGUAUACUUCCAUUCCAAAUCAAAAAGAUACAAUCGUGUGGAAUGCUGGGGUCCUCUUAAGAAUGCUACACAGAGGACUUAUAACAUCCGGUCGGUUGACUUCCGAACUGCGGUUGCUGCAAAAACAAAGAAGUGGGCUAACCCUGAACAAGUCUUACAUGCUAUCGUUGCUUUCCUUCUCUGAGUUUAGAAUCCACAGCAACUAUGUCCUACAAUGCAAUCAUCGGAAAUGAUAGGACUACUGCCAUAGUCCAUUCUUUCUUUUUAUUCAUUCACCUUAAGGUGGGGUGAAUUAUUUCUGGAAUCAUGCCCAAGGAUGCAGUCAUUUCUGUAUUCAUGACUCAGGAAACACAUGACAUCGUUUUUCUGAACCUAUUUUCCAUUGAAACAAAUGCUUGAUUGAUUCUAUUUCUUGACAAUUUUGUUCCCUGUUGAGAUCAUCAAUCAC